GGAGGGAGUCCAGUCCCUCGAACUCUGAACCGAGUGAAGAGUUGGCUGUUGUCAGAAUGAACCACCUCCCCGGAAACACGUGUCUCUCUCUUGGUCGAUAUGGUGUCCUCCGAGUUUGUGCCAGGUAUCAUUUUGCUUCUCCGGAAGUCGAGUCUGUGGAAGUCACUGAUCAAGCCUUGAGGCUUGAGGUUUCGUGAGCUGAUUCCGUGCGUUUUGAUUCUCGAAAGUGAGUUGGGAUUCGAGUUCGGGUCGAAGAAAGAGUGAAGGCUAGGACAUUCAGAAUCAGUCGCGAGGAAUUUCCAUUUGUUUAUGAUUUUCCUUCUUUGAGGCAGAUCGGAUUACUUACCAGCAGAGAAUUUUCUUUUGUUCUGGGGCAUAUGACUAUUCUGAAAUCGCUGAGAAACUCGACAUUCACUGCUAGUGCAGUAUUCCAGGGUAUGCUAUCGGUACAUUCACAGAUAUCUCUCUGUAAAGCGCAUUCUAUAUCCAAGCAGCCCCUAAGCUCAGGCCAGAGCUCCUUGAGAGUUAUCAACAGCAAUAAAAGGAAACUCGUGCAGUCGACAGCCUUUGAUUCUCAUCAGUGCAGCACACAUAGUUUCUCUGUAUCGGCCAAGAUGGAUGUAGAAAAUUCGCCUCCUCCAAGUGAUCGGUGUGCAAUCAUAACGGGAGUAGCAAGGUCUACCGGUAUAGGGAGAAUCCUUGUUCACCAUUUUUUGAAGAAUGGCUAUAAAGUUGUAGGUGCUGACGUAAAAGAGCUGGAGCUUAAAGUUACAGAAGGACGGUUUGAGGAAGAUCCAAUUGUAAAGCAUUCGGCAGAUAGAUUUUAUUUUGUUCGUGCGGAUAUCAGCGAUCCGCUCCAAGCCAAGCGGAUUGUAGAUGAAGCAAUCGAAAAGUUCGGUGGUGCAAUACACGUCCUGAUCAACAAUGCUGGAAUAACAAAUCCUAUGUUAGCUGAAGAGAACCGAAUUAAAGCCUUCGCAGAUACGAUAGCCGUAAAUCUGAACGGAGCGUAUUAUAUGUCACAGUGUGUACUUCCGUACAUGCCUGCUGGGCAAUCAAGCAUUAUCCACAUGGCCAGCACUCGUGCUUUGCAAAGUGAACCGAACACCGAAGGCUAUGCUGCAUCUAAAGCUGGACUAUGCGGAUUAUCGCAUGCACAGGCCAUCACGCUCGCAGGAAGGGUUCGGGUGAAUGCAGUCUUGCCAGGAUGGAUAAACACUGAUCCAUCGGGAGAUGCAGCCCUACGGCCUGAAGACCAUGAAUGGCAUCCAGCAGGAAGAGUCGGGGUGCCGAAUGAUGUGGCACAUCUUUGUUUCUUUCUUUGUGACUCUGAACGAGCAGGGUUCAUCACAGGUCAGGAGUUUGUAAUAGAUGGGGGCGCAACUAAGAAAAUGGUCUAUCCAGAAUAGUUCCAUUGUUGUACCACUACCCGAUAUAUACAAUCUUCAACUUCUUCCAGCUUCAAGGUCUGUUCAAAUAUCUCGCAGAUUGUACCAUGUUCGCCAGACUUCAAGCUUCUUAGUUACCAGUUAUAAUACGACGGACCAAAACCAGCAAGUCCUUGGUUUCGAUCUUUGAUUACACACUAGUAAAUUUAGUUUACUUUUAGGAUAUUUUGAUAUGAUGCAGCGGUUGAUUAGGGUGUCUUCGAGACGUAUUCCUGGCAUUGCCUGAUACUCUUAUUAAUUCUCCUGGAUUGGCAAUAUCCUGCUCCUACUCCCACUACCCUUACCCUCAGGUUGGCUAUGUGCAGUAACACUAAUGUCAUGACCCUCUACAUAGCGCUCGAAGAAUUUUAGCUUGACUGGGAACUCCACCCCUCCUCCACAAUCCAGCACUCAAAAAGUGUGAAGUAUAUGAGGAAAAUACGACCCUUACCUCUGUUUCAGGAAUAUAUACAGAACUCAUGGCUCAAAUCUGAAACUGAAGUCCUUAAAUCAGCCACCUUAAAUAAAGAUUCAGGGUUUAACCUCUACUUACUUAUACAAACUAUUCAUUAACUAACUACUGAGUGAAAUGUUAGUUAGUAACUAACCUUUACUGUACCGUAUUCCACUUGCUUCUUUUUUUUUACUGUUAAAGACAGAGAGAAACGUACUUUGAGAUUAACAAGUACUACAUACUUCAAAUCCAGGAAGACACUUGCUCAGAACCUUAGCUUUGCGCUGUUGAAGAGGUCCAAGUUAUGUUUGAGAGCAAAACGAUCGAAGAACAAUUUAGACUUUGAAGUUGGAAGUCUAUCAAGGAAGAGGUCUUCUUGACUAUCUCAGCCACUUCUUUUGGUGAGUUUCUGCAGUUUGUCAUAGCAUCAGCUUUCUCCAUGGUUGGUGGUUCUGACAUUGAUGGCGAUCAACUUCCCUGUCUCUAAGUAGCCGAAGUGGUGCCAAUAUUUUGAAUUUUGUCUUAGAUUUGAUCUGAAUGGUGAACCAACAGCACCGAUCAACGCGAGACGGAACUUGAGAUUGUCGUCAACAGUGGGAUUAUUGAUUUAUUGAAGCACCGUAUCUGUCAUGAAUUCUCCGUGCAUUGAGUUUCUGCCAUGUACAUCAAGGCGCAGUUUUUCGAACACA